UUAUUAUUUUUUAACUUUUUUUAUUUUUACCAACAAAUUUUUUACCUAAUACGUAACGCAUCUGUGAUAAUAUCAUUUCUGUUUAUAAGUAAGGGAAUACAAUGAAGAUGACUAUGUCAACGGCGUCAACAUUGGCGCCGCGUGUACACCGUAAGGUGUUACGUGUCGCAACCAAACGACUGAACAAUAAUAAUCAUCAUAAUCGUAAUUUUUCAAUUGGAAAAGGACGAGCGAGUAUGAUACGUGGCAAUGGUGGGGGUGCCAUUAAUAGUGUUGAUCCAUGUGAGAAUUCCAAUGAUAGUGGCUUGGGAUUCGAUCAUCACAUGGAUUAUCCGUUAGUACCACGGAAUAAAUAUCAACGUGGUGAAUACCCUAAUAACUGGUCAAAUAACAAUAAUGAACGUAACGAAUCGAAAAAAUGUAAAAUGGAAAUUAAAAUGGAAUCGGAUGAUUCGAAUGAUAAUUAUUCGUUUCCAGAAAAUACCACCAACUGCAAGGAAACUACAUCACUAAUUCGUACUGCUCCAGCAUCAAUGAUUCCAUCAUUAGGACGUACCGCAAAUCAUAAUCCUACCCAGACACGUGCAGUUCCUCGUUGUCUUCCGCUUACAAAUCGAAGAUCUCCCACCGGCCCGAUAACACUCACAACACAACUCGGUAAUAUUUCACGUAACAAUAAAGUGCAACUUCAAAUUAUUUGUCAACCUGAACAACAACAUCGUGCUAGAUACCAAACAGAAGGAAGUCGUGGUGCUGUUAAAGAUCGAACUGGAAAUGGUUUCCCAAUUGUUAAACUUAUCGGCUAUGAUAAACCAGCAACAUUACAGGUUUUUAUUGGUACCGAUAUGGGACGAGUAGCACCACAUAUGUUUUAUCAAGCAUGCCGCGUAAGUGGGAAAAAUUCAACACCAUGUGUUGAGAAAAAGAUUGAAGGUACAAUUGUGAUUGAAGUUGAAUUGGAUCCAACGAAAGAAAUGAUGGUCACAUGCGAUUGUGUUGGCAUUUUAAAAGAGCGUAAUGUCGAUGUAGAACAUCGAUUUCCGGAUCAAUCCGGUCCACGAAGUAAAAAGAAAUCAACCCGAUGUCGAAUGGUAUUUCGAACAACAAUUACACAUGAUGAUGGCAGUACUGAAACUUUACAAACAUCAUCGCAGCCAAUUGUUUGCACUCAACCACCUGGUGUUCCAGAAAUUUGUAAAAAGUCAUUAAGUAUGUGUCCGACGACUGGAAAUGUUGAAUUAUUUAUAUUAGGUAAAAAUUUCCUGAAAGAUACACGAGUGAUAUUCCAACAAACCAAACAUGAAGUUAAUGGAGAUCGAGAUUUAUUAUGGGAGGAAACUGUUACUCCCGACAAAGAAUAUUUACAACAGACACAUUUGGUAUGUAUUGUGCCGCCGUAUAUCAGGCACAAUAUAACAGAUCCGGUGGCAGUGAGCCUAUUUGUUGUAUCUAGCGGUAAAACCAGCGAGCCACAUCAAUUUAUGUAUACUCCUUCUUCCCCUCCUAGUACAUCAGCAACUGUGACAUCCCCGGCAUUCAUGGCCGCCAGAGACGAAAUACGUCCUGUUAUGCUCUGGCAAACAAUGUCAGACAUCACACCAAAAGCUGAAAUGGAUGUUGGUAUGAUGCCACCUCCAACUUCAUUGAUGCCAUUAUCACAGCGAAGACCUUCCACCAACAUGAAUAUGAUUGUUCCUGAUUCAUUAAAAACUGAAAUGAUGGAUGACAACAGUUCUAAUUCCGAUAUUACAGUCGCUCGUUACAAUGAAAAUUCCAUGGAUGUACAUCCGAGUGAUAGUAACAUGGGAUCAAUGAGCGAUAAUAGUAUGGACGGAAGUACAAUGAUGCAACGAACAAGCAUGCUAGCUACUAGUUCGAUGUCUGUCCUACACAGUGAACCCGAAACGAUCACACUCAAAAAAGAAAAUAUGGACAGACGAGGUUCUAUAAAUCUCACUGGACCUACAGAAAAUAUGGUGCUAGGAAUGGCGCUCCAAAAUGAGAACAGUAUGGAUGUAAGCAUUCCACCAUUGCCUGUCUCGUUAGAAAAAAACUUAGAAAAUUCACUGAGACCACCUCAUGUAGUACACGACGCAAACAGUAUAAACGCAAUUCGAUGUACUGAGCCAAACCCAACAUUACCAAUCGCUGUAAAUGAGGGUAAUAUUGGGGCAAUGCGAUUGAGUGAAACUAGUGUAGCCAUGCCAAAUUUAAGAUCUGAUCCAUCAGACGUAAUGAUUGCGCGAGACGAAUUAAAAGGUAUCGAUUUACGAAUGAAAGGUCCUAUUGUAACUGUAGCGGAUCUAAUAAAUACACAAUCACCAUCAUUGGCAACCUUACGUCAUUUUGGUGUAUCAGAAGCGAAUGCUGGACCAUUGCCAGCACAAAGUGGACAAAGUGUUGAAAAUUAUUUAACAACAAUUGAAUCAGGUCAAACGAAAUUAAUCAAUAAUCAAACAACAAUUUUAUCGAAUGACAUGAAUAAUCAAAAAAUGCUUUUAACUGAUUCAACAAAACUUGAUAUUACAUCCGCAACCAUAUUUAAUUCACAAGCAUCUGUUAAUAAUCCAUUAUUCGCACAAACAAAUACAUCCACACAAUCUACGAUGAAUCCGUUAAAUGGGUUAAUGCCACCGCCAGUGAUAACCGGAGACCAAUCGAAUAUUAUGGAAAAUGGAACAGCGACAAAAGCGUUAUUCACCGAGGCAGCAGAAUUAACAACAACACAAUCAAUAACAAAUGAUAUUUUGGUUAGUACCAAUUUAUCCAAUUCUAAUAUUAGUCACACUAAUAUCCCACCACCCAUUGAAUCUCAUUUAAAUACAAUUCCAUUCUCCCAACCUUCGACUGAACUUAGUUUACCAACUGUUGCACCACCAACCUUAAUCCCAAACAAUUCCUUAAUCUACACACCUCAAACCAAAUCUGAUACCACUCUUGCAAUGAUAUCUCAAAGUACGAACAAUGAACUCACUGUGAUAACCAACCACUUGUUGUCACAGGUCCAAGCGCAGCAGACAACCUUAGCUGUUGCUCAAUCAGCUGUACGUUUAGAUGCAUUGGUUGCCACAGCAAUGGAAACCAAUAUAUUAAAACCUACAGCCGCAACAGUUAAAUUGGAUGCUUUGGUCAAUUCAACGGUUGAAACACACAUGGGAAGUCCACCGUCAAUGUCAAUGUCAACUUCAUCGGAACCUGCCGCAACGUAUUUAUCAUCUCCGCCUGCGUCACAAAAUAUCGCUUCGCCACAAAACCAAACAUCUUCGUCGCCUAUUAUUUGUCCUCAAUCAACAGUUUCAACUCAUCCAUUAUCACCCACUGCUGUCUCAAAACGAGAAAUCAUUAAUACACCAUCACUUAAACCACCAGAUUUAAUUUUAAACUCAAAUUUAAUGUGCCCGAAUAACACGACUCAAGAGAAUCUUAUGUUAAAUAACAUAUGUCAAGCAACGUCACCGUGUCAACCAUGUCAAAUCAUUCCACCAACCCAAGAACCAGUAUUAAGUCCAACACGUAAAGUUCCUCCAGUCGCAAUUAAAAAUUUAAUAUUAAGUGCAACAAAUAUCAUGGAUUCAGAAAGUCAACUUCGUGCACAACAAACCAUUCAAUCAAUUCUCCAAGAACAAUCACUUGAGAAUGCAGCAGUACAAGCUACGUCAACGGCAACAUCAACAAUUAUCGAUCAACAAUUGAAUACAAUGUUUCCAACGGACGGAGCAAAUAAUUCCGGUGUUGAUACACCGCCAUUACUUACCAACGAACCAAACACAACAAAUACCGCAACACAUUUCAUUACACAAUCAUCAUUUAACACAACUCAUAAUACCUCAUCACAAAAUGUUGUUACGACAGAAAAUAGUCCGGUCAUUCCAGUGCCAGUCAAAGAAAUGGUGAAUUCUGAUACAACGGUGCCAUCAAUAAAUACUACUAACACGGGAAAUACAACGGUGGGAAAAGAACGAUUAAUUACGCAAGAAAUUACAAGCAUGUCCGAUACUGAUCUCCUUAGUUACAUAAAUACCAGCUGCUUUGAUCAAGUUUAAAACUAAAAAAAAAAAGAAAAUUUGAACAUGGUGGAGGCUAUAAAAUGAAACACACACACACAACGGGGGCGAUUCAUAAUUUUAUCAUCAUAUAUAUAUGCUUCACAGCUUUAUCCACAAUCCACAAUCCACAAACCCCCCCCAGUAUCAUAGUAUUUUUUUUAUAUUAAAAAAAUUUCAUUCGCUAAAAAGGAAAAUAAUAAUUUCAUUCGUAGUCAUUUUCUUUUAUCAUCCUGCUUAUCAUUUUUUUUAACACACGAAAAGUGUUAUUUUAUAUUAAAUUGGAAAAUCAAAAAAAUUUAUCGAAUGAUGAUCAAAAAAUAUUUUGUGUAGAAAACAAUUCUUAAAUUUUUUUUAUUCGAGCGAGUAGAUCUGGCGGGGGCAGACGUAGAACUAAACAGAGAUUUCAUAGUCUGGUCAACAAGUUCAAAUUGGAGAAAAAAUACUGGUCGUGGAAAUCGUAUCUAUCGGAUCUCCUGAGGAAAAAGGCUAAUUAAAGCAUUAUAUUUUUUAAAUAAUAUUAAUAAAAAUUUUUAACUAACUAC